CAGUUACUGACGUUACUCGAUGCCUGCGAGCACUGCUGCAAAGCAGCCGUCAAUUAGACCGACGACAUCCCCAAAGCCUGGAUCUCUCAAAGCAAAAGCGUCACUCAAAAAAGGUAAUGGCUCAAAGCAGAAAGAUGUGGCUGUGACUCAAGGUGAGUCGGAAGUAAAGCGAAAAGAGAAAGCGAAGGACAGUGCGAACGACGUCCAAAAACCGAAUGAGAAGACUCCUGCAAAGCCAGGCGACACCUUAGAAGAGCCUGCAUCGACAAGUAAAUCGUCAGAUUUCACUAAGCCAACAGUAGAUACAUCAGCUGCAGGUAGUGCUGAACAAAGAAAAGAUCCAGCAGCUAUCGCUGCUGCCAAUGCGCUAGCAGCACAAGUAAAUGCAAUACCAUUCAUUAAAAUAGAUUACACCAUUACGGAUAAGGAGCGUGCCGGUUUUAAUAUGAAGGAAUUUAUCAAAAAACAUUUUAUAGCUGGUGCAGCACGACAAAAUUACGAAGUGUUUGAAAUACAUUUGAUCCUAGAAAAAGCAAUGGAUGCAAUGAAAAACUCACCAAUUUUACUAGAAGUGCGUUGCCCGGUAAACAUUUGUGGCGACAUUCAUGGACAGUACGGCGAUCUUAUGCGGAUUUUUAAUGCCUGUGGAUUGCCAUUCAAACAUCGUUAUCUAUUUCUCGGCGAUUAUGUGGAUCGAGGGCGCCACUCGUUAGAAGUGAUCAUGCUUCUUUUGGCUUUGCGAAUACAAUUUCCGAGAAAAGUAUAUCUGCUACGUGGGAAUCAUGAACUAUCUAAUAUCAACAGAGUCUAUGGUUUCAAUGCGGAGAUUCGUCAACGUUAUCGUAAUCUGGCGGAAUCUAAAGCUCUCUAUGAUCAUUUCAAUGAAGUGUUUGCUCAAAUGCCUUUGGCCGCUCUUGUCGCUGGUCGAAUUCUCUGCAUGCAUGGAGGACUUUCCCCUAAUCUGAAUAGCCUUGAUGAUAUACGGAAACUAAAGCGACCGCUAAGAAUAGUACGUGGUUUGGCACAAGAUCUGUUAUGGGCAGAUCCCGAGACGGGCACCAAAGGAUUUCAACAAAAUAAAAUCCGCGCCGUUUCCCAUAUAUUUGGCGAAGAGACGGUCCGGGACAAGUGCAAGCAGCUCAACAUUGAUCUAGUGAUUCGAGCACAUCAGGUUGUUGAGUUUGGCUACGCAUUCUUUUGCGGUCGUUCUUUGAUAACCGUAUUCUCAGCAGCACGAUAUCACGAAGAACUUGUUAACUAUGCCGCUGUAGUUAAGAUAGAUGCAUCCCUUGAGUUAUCAUUCGUGCAGUUGAAACCACAGGAGUUUGAGAAAGUUCGUCGUGAGAUGGAACAGAAACAUGAAGAGACGGGAGAUCCUGGCGAUGAACAAGGUUCAUUUCCAUCACCGGGUGCCGGCGCCGCAGGACAACAAUUAUAAAUUUGAAGAGCUAAUCAAUUUUCAAACUAAUCAAAAUCAAGCAUUGUCUGUGGGACCAUACUGUGGAA